GGAAAACUCAGAGCAUAUAUCACAUUGACGGGCUGCAAAAAUGGCAGGUGAGGCACCAAAGUCGAAGAAGACGGUCAAGAAGAGCAAGCAGCCCGUGCGCUUGUAUGCCAAGGGUGUCAUCUUGGGCUACAAGCGCAGCAAGUCCAACUGCUACGCCAACUGCACCCUGCUGAAGAUCGACGGUGUUCGCACCAAGGCGGACACGCAGUUCUACGUUGGAAAGCGGGUCGCAUAUGUCUACAAGGCCAAGAAGGAGAUCCAGAACAGCAAGUUCAGAGUGAUGUGGGGCAAGGUGCGACGGUCCCACGGCAAUUCUGGUGUGGUGCGGGCGAAGUUCUCCAAGAACAUUCCUCCCAAGGCUUUCGGCGCUGCCUGCCGAGUGAUGCUGUAUCCAAGCAGCAUCUGAGAAUGCCCUGCGAUGAUAGUUGCUCUGUGUGC